AUGUCUCCUUCCACCCUGAAAUCUUCGAUGGUAUGUAUUUUGGUUAUGGUCUCCUUCUUUUUGUCGUUGUCGCUCAGCCUCAUAAAUGCUAAACAGCCCGUAGUGCUGCUGGAAAUACCCCCCGAUGUCCAAGACUAUUUCAAGCAGGCACUUGUUUUCCAAACUCAUCCUGGCAGUACCGCUGCUAUCUCACAGACCUUUCGAGAUGGCUCCCAAGCAAGUAUGCUGUCGAGAACAUCUUCAGAGACGGCAGAGCUCGCAACCUUUCGAGAUGUCCUUGACGUUGAAUUUCCGUUUCAGCCCCAGGUUGCUGCCACUAGUAAUACGUUGCAAUGGCAGAAUGUCGCUGAUGGUGUUCACAUUGCGAUGGCUCAUUCGAAUGUGAGCUUCGAUCAGGCUAGCGGAGGCGAUGGCGGGGAAAUGCAGUUCGGGUUGUGGUCUUCGGAAUGGUAUAAGGCUACAAGAGUUCUUGAUGGCAAAAUACAAUGUAUCUGA